AUGGAUGUGAAAGCUUUGAAACCAGCGGAAUUGGACGAACUUACAUGCAAUAUCCUCCUGACCGGUCAGAAAAACAUCAAAUUGACUGUGGAUGAGAAGAUGUUGACUCGAUUGUGCGUUACGGCGUGUGAGGUGGUUUUUUUAAAAUUUUUAAAAUUAAAAAAAAAUUUUGGUUUUUAAAAAUGACACAAUGGCUUGAAAUUAGAGUUUUGAAGAGGUUUUUAUUUUGUAAUAGGUCACAUAUGGUAUUGUUAUAGCUUGUUUAAGAAUGUUUAGCUUUGGGUACGGUAAUUUUUUUUGGAGGGGGAGGGUAAAAAAAUAUUUUUAAAUUUUUUUGCCGGGCUUAAAUGGGGACCAAGUUCAAUUUUCUCAAAAAGUUUUGGGACUUUCACCCGGCCCUACUCUACCCUACCUUACCCUACCGUACCCUAUUCUGGUCUACACUAUUCUAUCCUACCUUGACCUAUCCUACUCUGGACUACCUAACCCGAAUGUGAAAAAAAAGUCUAAAAACAUAGUUUUAGGUAUUCAAUUCUCAAGAGAUGAUGAUCGAAAUCAAUGGUCCGGUGAACGUCUGUGGUGACCUACAUGGCCAGUUCGGCGACUUGUUACGACUCUUUGAUAAAUGUGGCUUUCCACCUGAAUCUAACUAUCUCUUUCUUGGUAAGUUAAAGCUGAGUAGACAAAGCUUUAUAUAGUGAAGGCUAUUAGGGCGUUUACUACUGAUAACAUGUCGCAUGAUAUCAGUUAUGUCAAGUUCCAACCACCAAUUUACAUUACUUUAGGUGAUUACGUAGACCGAGGUCCGUUAAGCCUAGAGACCAUAAGCCUACUGUUCUGUUACAAGGCCAGAUAUCCUCAUAACAUGUUUUUACUGCGUGGUAACCACGAAACUAGAGAUGUGAAUCGAGUUUAUGGAUUCUAUGAAGAAUGUCAGUUACGCUACAGUUUGGACUUGUACCGUGCUUACUCGACCGCUUUUGAGUUCAUGCCAUUGACCGGGCUGAUUGGGGAGAAGAUACUGUGCAUGCACGGCGGUAUCUCACCUUCGUUGUACCAUUUGGAUCAGGUAAAGGCUGUUUAUGAUGUUGUAGUAGGUAUUGCUAGGUGUAAAAUGAUACAGAAAAGUUUUUUCUAAUAUUGUAAUAGGUAUUGGUUGGUUUCAAAUGAUCAAAUAAUAUUUUUCUGAUAUUGUAGUUGGUGCCAAUAAGUGAAAACUGGUGUAAAACAAGGUAUUUCCCUUGAAAAAUAAUAUAAAUCUGGACUAAAACAUGAUUUAUUGAUAAAAUAUUACCUAAUAUAAUAUAUAUAUUACUGAUAAAUACUAUAUAAAAUAAUAUUUUUCCAGCUCCGUGACAUAAAACGACCAUUAGAACCAACAACCAAUAUGACACUCGAACUUGACGUCCUAUGGUCAGAUCCUCAAGCUGGUGUUCAGGGCUACACACCCAGUACCAGAGGUGCCAGUUACUGCUUUGGUGAAGAUGCCUUGAAUGACAAACUACAAAAACUCAACUUGGACAUGGUUGUUAGAGCUCAUCAGGUGGUCAAUGAUGGGUAAGUGCACCCAGCCUUAACUCUAAUUCUACGAUACCCUACCCUACCCUAUCCUACCCUACCCUACCCAAUACUUUCAGAUUUGAAUUUUUCGCCAACCGCAAGCUGGUUACCGUAUUCUCAGCCCCGCUUUACUGUGGUCAAUUCAAUAACUCGGGAGCGGUGAUGCAGAUUUCAGAAGACUUGACCUGCUCUUUCACCAUACUACAAGCCAUUGUCGACAAACAUCAACAAACCAACGAACAGACCGUGGCUACAAUAUGCCCAGCACGAGAAAGAACCACCCCACCCCCACUAUCAGCCGCUUCACCAGGUAUAAAGCCGGCUGCUUCGCCAGGAAUGAAAGCAAGUGAACCAUCCCCAACAUCGAGUAGCGUCACCAAAAGUGUUCAAGGAACAUCGCCGAGUGGGAACUCGGAGCGGGAGGAGAACAAUAGUGGUGGUUUGGUGAGGGAAAUUUUGAAGCUUUCAAAAAAUUUAAAAAAGGCGGGGUAGGGGGAAAGUGUAGGAAUACUGAAUAAGUAAGACAUGGGUAAAAUGUGGGUAUAAACUUGAGUGGGGGACGGUAGAAUAAGGUAGAGUAGGUUAGACCAGGAAAGAUUACGGUAGGAAAGGGUCGAAUAAGGCAGGGUAAGGUCAAAUAAGGUAAAGUAGGAUUGGGUAAGAUAGGGCGGAAUAGAGCUGGGUGAGGUAAGGUAGGGUUAAGGAGGGCAUGCGAAUGGUUGUAAUAUUGGGUAUGGAAGGGUAGAAUAAGAUAAGAUGCAGUCAAGUAAAGUACAACGGAAUAGAUUUGGGUAAGGUAAGGUAGGGCAGGGUAGAAUAAAGUGAGGUAGGGUUGGGUGUAGGGUAGUGCAAGGUAAGGUAAAGUAGAUAGGGUAUGGUAGGGUAGAGAAAGGUGAAGUAGGAUAGCGUAGGAUUGCAUAAGGUAUGGCAGGUUAGGAUAUGAUAGAAGAAAUAAAAAUUUAAAAAAUCCAAAAAAAAACAUUUAAAAAUGUUUUUUUCAGAGCCAGGGUGGAUCAAUGAGAAGAAAAAGUGCCGCAAAACUAGGUCAAACAGGGUCUACUAGAGGUAAACCUAAAUAUUUUUUAAUUUUUUGUAAAUUUUGAGCUUCACAUUAAUAGACACAAGGAAUUGAAAAAAAUGUGAAAAUAUUAUUUUAGAAUUAUCAACCGGUAAAUCGAGAAGUUUGUCAUUGAACAAAAGUCCAGGAUCCGCCAGAGAAGCAGCAGCAUCGGCUAGAGGUGGGUAUCUACAUAUAGCAUACCUUACUUUACCUUUCCUUACCCUACUUUACCCUCCCUUACUUUUACGAUAAUUUCUUGGACGUGGUAAAUUUUUGGGCAAGCAAGUUAGGGUACAGUAGAGUACGGUAAGGUAGUUAAUUUGAGUAAGAUAAGCUGGGUAAUGUGCUUUGCCAUUCCGUAAUAUAAACCCUAUUUCAGAAGGAACAUCCGCCUCGCCUCCACGUUCAAAAGGCAAACAGUCGACAGUAUCGCCGGUUUCACCGUCUGUCACCUCAGGUACAUCAUCACCAGCAAAAUCACCGGCUGCCAAUAACGAUGGCUUCGAGGAGGUGGAAGGAGCUCCAUGCAAGCCGAAUAAAGAAAGCUCCAACCUCGACGAUGAGCUUCAGAAGUCGGAACAUGAGAGCAAGAAAGAGAAGGACGAAGAAAAAUAA